AUGAAAAAAUUGCUCCUUGCUUUGUUCUUGCUGCUUAAUUUGUUUGCAUUUUCAUUUUCUCGGAAACUUUUUUCCGAGAGUGGUUUUCACGACGAAGCUGUUCUUCUGGAGUUGAAGAGUAGCUUCUCCGAUCCAAAUGGUGUUCUCUCUAGCUGGGAUCCGAACAGCUCAAACCACUGUUCUUGGUACGGUGUGUCCUGCAACUCCGAUUUGAGAGUCGUCUCUCUAAUUCUCAGAGGCUGCGACGACCGUGAAGGUAGUAACCUUCAUUUCCCAGAUUCAUCUUCCUGUUCGGGUAGACUCGGUGGUGAAAUCUCUCCGGCGGUAGGAGAUCUCUCUGAAAUUAGGGUUUUGUCGCUUGCUUUCAACGAUCUGGGAGGUCAAAUUCCGAAGGAGAUCUGGGGAUUGGAGAGAUUAGAACUGCUCGAUCUUCAAGGGAACAGCUUUAUCGGGGGAAUCCAUGGAGUUAGGGUUUCGAAUCGCAUCUCAGAGGAUCUGAAUCUAGCUGAUGAAAAGCCUGGGCUUUGGAUUCGAAGAUCCCUUGCCAAUUUCGGAAAGUCACUAAAGGUGGAUCCUUUGAAGGUUUCCGAAAUCGUCGGUGUCUCUCUGUUCUCAGGAAAUGCUGUUCAUGGAAGGAAGCUCACGAGUCUCAACGACGAAGAAGACGGAGCGAGUCCGAACUCGGACGAUUCUUCCGGUAAAACCGGGUUAUACCCGAUUGAGAUCGCUUCGAUUGUCUCAGCUUCCGUCAUCGUCUUCGUGCUCCUCGUCCUCGUCGUCCUUUUCCUCUACACGAAGAAAUGGAAACGAAACUCUCAGGUUCAAGUGGUCGAAGCAAAGGAGAUCAAAGUGUUUGUGGACAAUGUUAUCCCUCUGACCUACGAGACCGUCGUUAGAGCCACCGGUUACUUCAGCAACUCCAACUGCAUCGGCCACGGCGGUUUUGGCUCCACCUAUAAAGCCGAGGUGUCUCCGAACAACGUCCUGGCCGUGAAACGACUCUCUGUUGGGAGGUUUCAAGGAGAUCAACAGUUCCAUGCAGAGAUCUCUGCUCUCGAAAUGGUUAGGCACCCGAAUCUCGUCGUCCUCAUCGGCUACCACGCGAGCGAGACCGAGAUGUUCCUCAUCUACAACUACUUAUCCGGCGGGAACCUCGAGGAUUUCAUCAAGGAGAGGUCAAAACCAGCUCUCGAGUGGAAGAUCCUCCACAAGAUCGCUCUCGAUGUAGCGCGUGCUCUCGCGUAUCUCCACGAGCAGUGUUCGCCUAAGGUCUUGCACAGAGACAUCAAGCCGAGCAACAUACUCUUGGACAACAACUACAACGCGUAUCUAUCCGAUUUCGGGUUAUCGAAGCUCUUGGGGACUUCUCAGUCUCAUGUCACGACAGGCGUGGCUGGAACGUUCGGUUAUGUCGCUCCCGAAUACGCAAUGACUUGCCGUGUCUCGGAGAAAGCGGAUGUGUACAGUUACGGUAUUGUCAUCUUGGAGCUGAUAUCGGAUAAACGAGCUCUUGAUCCGUCUUUCUCGUCCCACGAGAACGGGUUUAACAUUGUCUCUUGGGCGCAUAUGAUGUUGAGCCAAGGCAAAGCUAAAGAAGUUUUCACCAAGGGACUAUGGGAGACUGGUCCUCAAGACGACCUGGUCGAGGUUCUGCAUUUAGCACUCAAAUGCACUGUGGAUAGCCUCUCUAUAAGACCAACGAUGAAACAAGCUGUGAAACUGCUGAAGCGAAUCCAACCUUCUAGAUUGUGA